ACCUGAGCAUCUGUAAGGAAUCAAAACUCGACAAAGAGAAGAUGAAAAAUCAAUGAUAAAACCCAAAUUCUCAAACCAAAUAAAACCUCGUAGAUAACUCGUUGACUGUGAAGUGUAAACCAUACAGCAAGCAUUAAUGGUUUCCUUCACACUCACAGUACCAUCAAUCCUCACCCCACUCUCUCCAUCACCACCAAUCCUGUUGCUCCACCUCUUUUCCCACCAUGACAAACUCGCUCUCACUCUCUGUUCCCAUAAUAGUAAUUCUCAUUCUCAAACAACAAUGAAAACAUUUUUGUCACCGUUGGUUUUACCCGCAGAGAAGAACCGUGACUUGACUCGAUCUGUGAAGCUAAGGGCACAGCUGAGGUAUCCUAUUAUAUCUCCGGACGACCAUUGGGGCACGUGGGCUGCUCUCUUUGCCACUGGUGCUUUUGGUCUCUGGUCAGAGAAGACCAAGAUAGGGAGCAUGGUAAGUGCUGCCCUGGUGAGCACUUUGGUUGGCCUUGCAGCAAGUAAUAUUGACAUUAUUCCAUAUGAAGCGCGGGCAUAUUCAAUUAUCAUGGAGUUUAUGCUUCCUUUAACUGUUCCAUUGCUGUUGUUUAGGGCAGACCUGCACCGUGUCAUACGGUCUACUGGGACAUUGCUGUUGGCUUUUUGGCUUGGAUUGGUUGCAACUAUAGUUGGCACUGUUGUGGCAUUUCUUUUUGUGCCAAUGCGAUCACUUGGAGAAGAUAAUUGGAAGAUAGCUGCUGCUCUCAUGGGUAGUUAUAUUGGUGGAUCUGUUAAUUAUAUCGCAAUUUCAGAGGCUCUUGGCAUUUCUCCAUCAGUUUUGGCUGCAGGAGUAGCUGCAGAUAAUGUAAUUUGUGCUUUAUAUUUUUUAUCAUUGUUUGCUUUGGCCUCUAGAAUACCUCUUGAAGCUUCAACUAAUGAUGUUGCUGUGGAUGUGGAGUCUAAUUCUGGAGGAAAACUCCCUGUGCUACAGGUUGCAACAGCUGUUGCUAUAUCCUUUCUGGUAUGUAAGACUUCAACUUAUCUCACAAACAUAUGCGGAAUUCAAGGAGGCAGCCUUCCAGCAAUAACUGCUAUUGUUGUCAUCUUAGCAACUGUUUUCCCAACACAAUUUGGUUUCCUUGCACCUGCUAGUGAAACUAUUGCCCUGGUUUUGAUGCAGGUAAUUGAAAUUUUUCCAGUUAAGUGGUUUACUUUGGGUGCUAGUGGGAGCAUAUGGAAUGUCAUCAAUACAGCUCCUAGCAUUUUCACGUUUGCUCUCGUUCAAGUCACUGUUCAUCUUGCUGUGAUCCUUGGACUUGGAAAGCUGUUUCGCUUUGACUUGAGGCUGUUACUUUUGGCAUCAAAUGCCAAUAUUGGAAGUCCUACAACAGCAUGUGGAAUGGCCACAGCCAAAGGAUGGGGCUCAUUGAUCGUUCCUGCAAUUCUUGCUGGCAUUUUUGGAAUUGCGAUUGCAACUUUUCUUGGCAUUGGUUUUGGAUUGACAGUACUCAGACAUAUGUAGAAAAUACCACUUCUGAAUGUCAGUCCUGUACUAUUUGUGUGCUUGUGCGCAGACAUUACAUUGUCAAUAUGGCAAUCUGUUUAUAAUAUAGUUCAAUGUCUUGGUGAAGUAUACAAGUGAAGCACCAAAAAUAUGAGUGAUAUUACACAAAAUUUCACA